GAGCGGGCUCGGGCGCCGCCGCCACUGCUGCUGCUGCUGCCGGGCCGCGGAGCGAGGAGGCGGCGGCGGCGGCUGAAGCGGCGCCACAGCAGCCGCGCCGAGCAGCGGCGGCCUCGGAGGAAGAGGGGUCGCCGCCCGGGGUUCUUGCAGCCGCCGCUCCUACCGUCGCAGUAUUUCCUGUUCGGAUUAUCUUUUGCUUCCCCCUCAGCUGCCUCCUUGCCCUCACACUCCCACUCCUCCGUUUCCGCGGUCGAAGCUGUCCUCGGCCCCGGCUAGUCUCCCCCGCCCGGGGACCCCCUCUGCCUUGCCUCGCGGGCUGCGGGGGAGCCCCGCCGAGACCAUGAGGAAAUUCAACAUCAGGAAGGUGUUGGAUGGCCUGACCGCCGGCUCGUCCUCGGCGUCACAGCAGCAGCAGCAGCAGCAGCAGCAUCCGCCUGGGAACCGGGAGCCGGAGAUCCAGGAAACGCUCCAGUCCGAGCACUUUCAGCUCUGCAAGACUGUUCGCCAUGGAUUUCCCUAUCAACCCUCAGCCCUGGCCUUUGAUCCUGUACAGAAGAUCCUGGCAGUGGGAACUCAGACUGGUGCUUUAAGGCUCUUUGGUCGUCCAGGAGUAGAAUGUUACUGCCAGCAUGACAGUGGAGCUGCAGUAAUCCAGCUCCAGUUCCUGAUCAAUGAGGGAGCUCUUGUGAGUGCCUUGGCUGAUGACACCUUACACUUAUGGAAUUUACGUCAAAAGAGGCCUGCCAUACUACAUUCACUUAAAUUUUGCAGAGAAAGGGUUACAUUUUGCCAUCUGCCUUUCCAGAGUAAGUGGCUCUAUGUGGGCACUGAACGAGGUAAUAUACAUAUUGUCAAUGUGGAGUCCUUCACACUCUCAGGCUACGUCAUUAUGUGGAAUAAAGCCAUUGAACUGUCAUCUAAAUCUCACCCAGGACCUGUGGUUCAUAUAAGUGAUAAUCCAAUGGACGAGGGAAAGCUUUUGAUUGGCUUUGAAUCUGGAACAGUAGUUUUAUGGGACCUCAAAUCAAAGAAGGCUGACUACAGAUACACAUAUGAUGAGGCGAUCCACUCUGUUGCUUGGCAUCAUGAAGGAAAACAAUUUAUUUGCAGUCAUUCAGAUGGCACCUUGACUAUAUGGAAUGUAAGGUCCCCUACUAAACCUGUACAGACAAUCACUCCACAUGGAAAACAGUUAAAGGAUGGGAAGAAGCCAGAACCAUGCAAACCUAUCCUCAAGGUGGAAUUCAAAACGACUAGAUCUGGGGAGCCUUUUAUUAUUUUAUCAGGAGGUUUGUCAUAUGAUACUGUAGGAAGAAGACCUUGCUUAACAGUGAUGCAUGGGAAAAGCACUGCUGUGCUAGAAAUGGACUAUUCAAUUGUUGACUUUCUAACACUAUGUGAAACACCAUACCCAAAUGAUUUUCAAGAACCAUAUGCUGUGGUUGUUCUUCUAGAAAAGGAUUUAGUACUUAUAGACCUUGCACAAAAUGGAUAUCCUAUAUUUGAAAAUCCCUACCCUUUGAGUAUACAUGAGUCCCCUGUUACAUGUUGUGAAUAUUUUGCUGAUUGUCCUGUGGACCUUAUUCCUGCACUUUAUUCUGUUGGAGCUAGACAGAAACGUCAAGGUUACAGCAAAAAGGAAUGGCCCAUCAAUGGAGGUAAUUGGGGCUUGGGUGCUCAAAGUUACCCAGAAAUAAUUAUUACAGGGCAUGCUGAUGGGUCACUUAAGUUCUGGGAUGCUUCUGCAAUAACCCUACAAGUAUUAUAUAAACUAAAGACAUCUAAAGUAUUUGAAAAGUCAAGAAACAAAGAUGAAAGGCCAAACACAGACAUUGUAGAUGAAGAUCCAUAUGCCAUUCAGAUCAUCUCCUGGUGUCCGGAAAGUAGAAUGCUGUGCAUAGCUGGAGUUUCAGCUCAUGUCAUUAUUUAUAGAUUCAGCAAGCAGGAAGUAAUCACAGAAGUCAUUCCGAUGCUGGAAGUUCGAUUACUAUAUGAAAUAAAUGAUGUGGAGACUCCAGAGGGUGAGCAGGCACCACCUUUGCCAACACCCGGGGGAGGGUCCAACCCACAGCCCAUUCCUCCUCAGUCUCAUCCGUCUACCAGUAGCAGUUCAUCUGAUGGGCUUCGUGAUAAUGUACCUUGUUUAAAAGUUAAAAACUCACCACUUAAACAGUCUCCAGGUUAUCAGACAGAACUAGUUAUUCAGUUGGUUUGGGUGGGUGGAGAACCACCACAACAAAUAACCAGCCUGGCAGUCAAUUCUUCCUAUGGAUUGGUGGUUUUUGGCAAUUGCAAUGGCAUUGCUAUGGUUGACUACCUCCAGAAAGCAGUGCUGCUCAACCUGGGCACUAUUGAAUUGUAUGGCUCUAAUGAUCCUUAUCGGAGAGAACCCCGAUCUCCUCGUAAAUCUCGACAACCUUCAGGAGGUGUAGACCAAAUAUCAUCAAAUUGUUCUUCAGGCUUUUUUAAAAGAACAGUUCGGAGAAAUUUUUUGUUUUGCUACUAAUAGAAGCUGAUAUGUUUUUAUAAAGAAUGUAGUUCACAUGAAUUUUAAGACAAAACUGUUUAGGGUAAGUUUAAAUGUGUCAUAGCUGUAUUACAAUACAGUUGUAUUAUUGAGUAAAACAUGGGCUGUGUUUUCAUAAUAAAGAUUGUAAAACUGUCACAAACAAACAGUAAUAAAGUAUUUCAGCUACCCAUAUAUCUGCUAAAAAUCUGAUUUUACUAAAAAUAGGAUAAUAUAUAUCUUGUUUUGCUGGUUGUUUUAUCAUUCAGAAAGUAAAGGACACAACAAGAGAAAUUUCUAAUCUGAAUAUAAUUCAAAAGAUCUAAUUAGUAAUGUAGAAGUGACACAUGCUGGAGAGUGCUUGCUCUAGGAAGUUAUAAUUAUAAAGAAGGAAAUUAUGGGCAAAAGUUUGUAUCUAGACUUUAAGAUUUUUUUUUCAAAAGUUAUGGGUUGGAGGCUUUAAGUAUGAACCUUUUUACUACAAUUUCAAUUACUUUUAAGUCUUCAAUAUUUUCAGUAAGAUGGAAAAGGAGAGAUAGUUAUGGAGCACCAUAGUACUGGUUGAGAAGUUCUGUUUGUGUAUAUAUUAGAAGAAGCAAAAAAUAUGUAUAAGAAGUCAGGCACAAUCAAAAAUGAAUAAGUACUGUGUUGAAUUAGGCUGAUUUCAUAAUACGAAAUAAGACACUGUUUGGUUUAGGAAGGAUUAGAGCCUCAAUUUAGGGAUAAUUUUAAAUAAUAGUUGAAAAAAACAGAAAGUAGAGCUAAAUAACUUUGAUUCUGAGUGCUACAUUAAGAAGAAUCAUUUUUCUCUCUGCAGAGUAUGAAAGCUAUAAUAAUAAAGAGAAACUAAAGCCCAAGGUCCUUUAUGUAAAUAAGGCAAACCAAGUAAUAAUAAAAAGAAUAUCAAGAUAAUUGGUGAAUUUAAAAGGCAUCCCCAGUUGGUGAAGGUCAGACAUUUUACAUAUCAGUUGAUUUGAAGCACAAAUUAGUCAGAGUUCUAGAAUGAGUUGCUAUGUAACUGAUGCCUUUAUGUGCAUAUAGAAAAUAGAAAUGAUUAGUUGAAGUCAGCAGAAGUUCACUAAAAGUAAGUUGUAGCAAAAUCAAUUUUACUUUUUUAAUCUUGUAACUCCAUUGAUGACUUAUGGCAGCCUGUUGACAUAAUGUUCCCUGAAAUUAAUGAGGUAUUUGAUCAUUAAUUUUAGAAUAUUUUUGUGAACCAGAUGGAUAGAAGUGACCUUAAUACCUAGUUCAGUUUAAUGAUGGUAACAUUGGUUAAACCAAGAGUCAGCAAACUAUUUGUAGGCCAAAUCCAGCCUAGCACCUGAUUUUGUAAAUACAGUUUUAUUGCAGAAAUACCAUGUUUAUUUGUUAUGUGUUGUCUAUAGCUGCUUUUGUGCUGCAGUGUAACAGCUAUUUGGUGACAAAGAUUUUUGGCUCAAAAAGCCUGAACUAUUUAUUACUUGGAUCUUUACAGAAAACAUUUGGCCACCCUCUCAAUUAAACCGUGGUACUGGAUUAAUGUGUGGUCUAAUAUUUACCUUGAUGUAGUAUGCCUCAGUUAGUGGAUAUAUUGUUUUGAGUAGCAUAGGAUUAUGUUUUGUUGAAUAUUUUAAAUAGUUAAUGUAGCUUCCUAUCUGGACUUUUGCAAGAGAAGAUACACUUAUCAGAAUGGUCACUAAAAAUUUAAGAGAGAGGUAUUACAUUCAGUGGCAGUGUAACAACUCAAAAAGAUAAAUUUAUAGGUAGAAACAGUAAAUUUAAACCAAAGAAAUAAGAUUUAUCAGCAAUACUUGUUGAGCCCUGAGUAUAGAUUAUAAAGAUUAUUUACAUAUAGAACAGAAAACACUGGCUCAGGAGUAGUUCGUGUGAAACAUAAUUGGAGAUUUUGUUUAGGCAUAUCUAAGUUUAAAUCUCCACUCUUUGUAUAACUUCAUGAUACUAAAAAGGAUAUUUAUCUGAGGCUCAGUGUUCUCAUUUAUGAAAUGAAGAUGGUUACUCCCUCAAAAUGUUGGUGUGAAUAUUAAGUGAGAGGACAUAUGUGACAUACCUAAUCUUGUGAGUGAACAUUGUUGGCAUUCAGGUGGUUGUUUUGUUACUGUUGACCGCAACUUCAUGUGUGCCAGUAAUGUAGCAAAACUGCUGACUAUACUCACGUGAGUUUAGAACAGUUAAAAUUAUAGUUCUAUGUUUAUGUUGUAUUUUCUCCUCAUUUUUAAACCAGGGCAUUGUAAAAAGAGGAUUUUUGUCCUAAAACAUGCAGAGCUUUCCCACCAGUUAAAAAAACAAAACAAAACAAACAAACAAAAAAAAACUCUAAGAGUAGCAAUGAAGUGGACCAUUUCUAGAAGUAAUUAGGUUUUUAUUCCUGUAUAAAAUGCCUAAAACACUGGGUGCCUCAGUUUCUUCUUCUGUAAAAUGAGAAUAAUACUGUCUACUUCAUUUGCUGCUGUGAGAGUUAAAUGAAGUAAGCACUUAGAACCAUAUCUGGCACAUAGUAAGCACUCAGUAAGUGUCACCUAAGACCACUUAGCUAAUUGGGUUGAAAUAUCUUUGAGCAAAGCCUAGAUAGCUAUAUUGCUGGGAAUAUUUGUUGAAGGGAUUCUGGCAGUAGUAACGGGAUGGAUUUGGUUACAUGCAAUGAAAUUCUUUCACAUAUAUUUAUUCAACCAUUCAACAAAUAUUGAGGCUUCUGUGUGCUAUGCAAAACAGACAAAGUUCUCUACCCCACGGAACUCAUAUUCUGCUGGAAGAGACACACAUUUAAGAAGAUAAGUAAUAUACAGUAGAUUACAUUAAUAGUGCCAAGGGGAAAAAUAAUUGAAGGAGGAUUUGAAAUAUCGGAGAUGGAGUGUUAAAUUUAAAAUAAAAUAGAGUGUCCAGAUGACUUCAGGUUUAAAGGAAGUGAGAGAGCUAUUAUCCAUGAGGAUGUCUGGGAAAACAAUCAAUGAAACAAAAAACAUUUCAUGCAAGAGAACAAGCACCAUUUGCUCUGAAGCAGUACACCUGGUGAGUUAAAGGAACAACGAGGAGUCAGUGUGGCUGGAGAAGAGACAAACCAGUGGUGAGCAAGUCAGCGAAAGCAGGAAAUAGUCUGAGAGGUAACAGGAUACAGUAUACCGUAGGAUCAUAUACAUCACCCAGCCAAGUAGCUUAUUUAACAGUCGUUUAAUACCUAAAUUAAAUCUUCUCUAUGCACAUUCUUUAAUUCCACUCCUAACUGUUUCUUCCUGGGCCAUUGCAAGAAUAACUAUAUCAUACAAGUUUAAGAACUUUUUUAGUCAGUAAGUUUAGUAAUUAUUAUAUCAUAAGGACCCUCAACUGAAACCUCAAAGUGGUUUCCCCUAAGUAUAAUCUUUAGUAGCAGUUGUCAAAAAUACCAAGGGGGUAAAAUUUCAAAUUUGAUCAUUUUUAUUCAG